AUUCUUUCUCUCUUUUUUUUUCUUCUCUUAGUUUAUAUAAUGAUAAGAACUUAUAUACCAAGAGAACAAAUUAUCCAUUCGAGAAAUCCUUAUAUUCAUAAAUGUUGUGGCUGCAUACAUUUAAGAACCGGUGCGGCAUUAGCAUGUUUGAUUUGGAUGGGCCUAUCUCUUUACUUUGCUAUUCUUUCAUUUCAAGCAAAGAGUCCUUUUUUUCUCACAUAUGGAUAACAAUACAGCUCUAUACAUUUUUGGAGCAAUCAACCUUGUAUUCUUUGGAAUCUGCUUCGGCACCUUGAUUCCUAUUUAUAUUAAAUCAACCAAUGGCAUUAGAACAGCGGCCAGUGUGGUCAAUUUUACUGUAGCUGUUGUCUUGAUAAAUACGUUAAUCAAUACGAUUUUGUUUAUUGUACAACGCGAUCACUAUGUGGAAUGGUGCAUUUCAACAUCCGAUAGUCUGGAUUUGAUACUAGAAAAUUACCAACUCCCAAUCGUCAAAAAUGAUUUCUAUAAUUGUAAUCGAGCAUGGCAAGAUGAACUCAAGUUUACCAUUCUCUCUACUCUGGUCAUGAUUCUUGUUUAUGGUUAUUGGGCCAUUAGUUUGACUUCUUACAGCGUCAAGUUGAGAAUCAAAUUGAAAUUGAUGAUGUAUAAUCAAGGUAUUAUCAAUCAAGGACUAAGGGUUCCUAUGAUGGGAAGCAUCAUGCCUACACAAGGUGGGCCCAUGGUGACCGGUACAGAGAUCGUACUUUAGCCAAAUGAGGGGGGUCUAGGCGCAACUUUUUUUUUUUUUUUACUAUUUAUGUAACUCUUUUUUUUUUGUUCUCUUUCUUUUUUUUCUUCUUCAUGUCCUUUC